UGUAUAUAUAUAUAUAUAUAAAUAUAUAAACAGAAGACAAGAAAAAGAAUACCAAAUUUCUUCCGUAGCUUUGAGCCUAAAAGUGGAAUAGUCUAAGACAAUUCAUUUGGCCAAUCCUCUUCAUCUCUUAUCUAAAGUUUUCAGCUUUUCUUUUCUUUCUUGGCUUCCUUUUAAAGACUCAGAUAAAUAAUGGGUCUGUAUCAGAAUAGGAGUUACACAGUUUUCAAGUGAUGCCACCGAGAAGAUCAAGGCUCUGCAGAUAGACGGAUCGGAGGGAGAAGAAAAUACAGAGAAACGACCAAAGUUUUGAGAAACAGAGAAACAUGUCUUGUAACAAUGCCAUGGCUUUCUUCCCCGCAAAUUUCAUGUUCCAAAACCCUCACGAAAACGAUCGUCAUCCCCAGCCUCCUCCUCUUCUCCCCUCUUGCAGUCUCCCACAAGACUUCCAUGGAGUUUCUUCGUUUCUUGGGAAAAGAUCGCACAUGACGACAUAUUCAGGGAGCACGAGCAACUUGGAAGGCUGUUGCGAUGUCGAAACUGGAAACGCGAACGGAGAAGAAGAGUUAUCGGACGAUGGGUCGACGCAGAUAGGAGAGAAGAAGAGAAGGCUGAGCGUGGAGCAAGUGAAAGCACUAGAGAAGAGCUUCGAGAUCGGAAACAAACUCGAACCCGAGAGAAAAAUGCAGCUCGCCAAGACUUUGAAUCUUCAGCCCAGACAGGUCGCGAUUUGGUUCCAGAACAGAAGAGCUCGCUGGAAAACCAAACAGCUCGAGAAAGACUACGAUGUCCUCAGACGACAAUUUGAGAAUCUCAAAGCUGAGAACGAGAUUCUCAGAGCCCAGAAUCAAGAAAUGCACGCUCAGUUAGUGGCACUGAAAAGCCGGGAACCGACAGAAUCAAUCAACUUGAACAAGGAAACAGAAGGGUCUUGCAGUAACAGAAGUGACAACAGUUCCAGCAACAUAGGAUUGGACAUCUCGGCGGCUCCGCCGGAUAUCGACAGCCCGUUGGCCGCUAAGCCACCGCCAUCGACCGGAAUACAUUUCUUCCCGCCAUCUUCCGCCGGAGCGACGGCCACCGCCACCACAGCCACGACCAUGCAGUUCUUCCAGGGCUCAUCGUCGGGGGUUAAAGACGAGAACAGCAUCAGCAACAUGUUCUGCAACAUCGACGUCGACCAGUCUGGAUUUUGGCGGUGGCUUCCCCAGCCACAGUUCAGCUGAACGCCGUGGACUUUUACCCUUUUCCUUAAAUUUAGCCUAAGCUCUGGGGGAAAGCUCAUGCAAUGUUUCGAAACUAUGAAAUCUAUCCGACGUUGUCUGCCCAAUUAUUACCGAGGAGUUGUCAUGACGAGAUGUGGUAAAAAAGGGGUAUUUAAUGUAUAUCUUGGACGUAUAUUAUAACCCAUUUUCUAUACAUAUAUAUAUAUAUAUAUAUUUCAGGAUUCUGCA